CUGCAGAUCAAGGAUUCAAACACGCAGGCUGAGGAAGAAAGGGAAUUCCUCAUCCACAUAAAGGAGCUGAUUUCUCGGAUCCGGCACGAGCCGUUGUCAGCGCAGGACCUUCUGCUUGAACUCGAGGAAUUGUACCAAACAGAGCAAGAACACCAGAGUCUGACGUCCGGUCUGAUUGAAAUGGGCAAGCGGAAACGCCAGGGCAUCCUCCUAGGCAUUCUGCCCUCCGAGCUGGCCGAAGUGGAGGCCGAGUGGACGCGCAUCAAAUCCACACUCGACGAGUGGCGUUGGCGCCUUGACGACUCUUUGCCAGGUGACUGGGCGCGCGUGGGACGCUGGCUUGGCCAACUGGAACGCUCCCUGGAACGCGGCGCGAGGUUGGCCGUGGAAUUGAAUGCGGCCAGUGAGUCGAAAACGGACGCGGCGACACGCAGUUCACGAUUCUUAGCCCAGAUGGCCGAUCUCCAGGAAGCUUUGCAGCAAAAAACUGAGGUGUCCGAAUUGCUUCGAGGGCUUGCGGAGAAGAACUCAAGAGACGAGUCCACCAAACUCCCCGCCUCGGUGGUCAGGGCGAUCGAAAAACGCUUCUCCGAGGUCUCUCACGACGCCGAGAUUGUCCUGCGUCGGACACGUCGUCUGCACCUUCGGUGGAAGCUGGCGCACGAGAUUGACGAUAUUCGUCAGCACCUAAACCACCUCAAAAGCACUCGUUGCCAGCGUCUCGAUGAGGCCACUGAGAGUCUGGAUCGGCUGAAGAAAUGGAAGGCGGAGAAGGGGCUUCCAGAGGCGAUGGAGAAGGAUAUUUCAGAGCUCACCAACAUCUCCAAGGAGCCCGACGACGUCCAGUCGAGCAAUUCGUCGUCAUCGACGGCGCAGACGACCUCGGAAGAACAGCCUCUGUCGGGGUUCUUGGCCAUCCAGAUUAAGGCGGGUGGAGGCGCGUUGGUGAUGCGCGACGUGGCAGAGACUGAACGUGCAGAGGCCAUCAUGUUCCUUGCCUCGCUGCGCGUUCGGUGGGCUGAAGCCCUGGAAGACCUGGCUGCGCUCGAGAAAUCGUCCAUCUCAUUGGUGGAGACGUGGCAGGCCUACGAGACGGAGGCCCAGACCCUCUACGCGUGGAUGAUGGAAGCGGAAGAGAAGCUGAAAGGAAAGGAUACGUCCAGCAAGGAAAAGCGUUUUUUGCUAUCCCAAGUGAAGAAGUGGCGUGAGCGACUGAACGCUCUGCAGGAUCUUGGCGCCACGCUGAUUGGUCAGUCAAGCGUCUCCGCUGGCCAGGCCAUAAACACAGAGCUCGUGACCAUGCUGAAACGCCUGGAGAGCAUCAGCAAUGAGGUUACCAAGUCGUGUCAAGCCGAGACGGUUGAGAGUUUAAAGCGUGACUUCGAGGCGGUGGUGGGUAGGAUGAAUGACAUGCUCCAGGCGACCGUGGACUUGUUGAACAAGGAGGUCCAGUUGCCGCAAACCACCAGCAUUCAACGAGCCGAAGAGGCGACGUUGGAAUACCGAAAUCUACUGAAGGCUGCUAAAGAAAGCUUACUGAAGGACGUCGAAAUCCAAUAUCUUCUUGCAAAAGAAAUUUCAGAGAAGCUGAUGGCAGCCGCUAGAGAUGGUGACAUUGACUAUGCAGAAGCGGACCGUUGUAUGCAGGAGACUGAUCGUCUGAGGCAGAAGCUGAUGCAAAUGGCAGAGGAGAGCAUAGACAACCGGCUCUUGGAGUUGUCGAUGGCGAUGCGCGAAGCCGUGCUGGUGGCAGUGCGGCUCGCUGAAAUGUCCGAGUGGAUUGAAGAGGCCGAACUAGCGACGAAUCUGGAGAUUCCAACCACCCCCGAGGAGGUGAAGCUUGACGCUCUCUCCUCCAUCUCCCCAGACGAGGCGAUCCGUCGACUUAAAAUGCAUUGCAACAGCAUAAACGCUCAGCAGAAGGCACUUGAAGAGGCAGAGGAACGGUUAAAAGAAUUGAAGACCAGUGGUCUUCGAUGUGUCGACGUCUCUCAACUCGAAAUGGCCAUCGCGGAAACUCGUGAACGCAUAAAAGUCAUGCUGGAGCAAACUCUGAGACGUGAAAAUCUCCUAAUUCGUCAAAGACAAGCUCGUGAGGUCACAAUGAGCGCAGCAGACGCCUUCGAGACGUGGUUGGUUGAAGCUGAGGGAGUCAUAACCAACUCACUGGACGCUGUGCUCCCCCUGAACGCCAACAACCUCAUCGGCGCCACCCGUCUGAGUCAUUGGAGCCUUCAUUCUCUAGAGGAACAACGAAACGCCCACGAAACCUUUUGCGAGGAGCGCAUGGAGGACGGGUCUGUGUUGUUGAAGAACAUGGACGAGUGCUACGGCAAAUUCAUGGAAAUCUGGCCGGAAAUUAGCGUGGCGCAACCAAUGGCUUCUGACUCCGAGGCGAUGGUCUACAUCAAAGAGGUGGUUUCGCGAGUGAAGCUUCUUACUCAGCGCUACUUGGAUGUCAGUCAGAAGUCCUCUCGCGCCCUCCUCACGGUCAGAUUUGCGAUAAUUGACUUUAAAAUCGGCGAAAAAUUGCUCGAAGCCACUGAACGCUUGCGCCAAGAGGAGUUGCGUAUUGAAAACGGAGAAGAGGUUUCUCUGAUUCUGAGCGAGCACGAGGCUUACUUCUUUUCUCCUGACUUCGUGGAGGAGCUGCCUGCGAUGAUGGUGGAAAUGGAGCACGUCACGAGUGAGCUGGUGAAGCUGGAACCCGAAGCAGCUGUGCACUUUGCCAAGCGGUCGGAGGUUCGAUCUAAGACUCACUCAGAUCUGAAAUUUCGAGCCGAACGAUUGGCUACUAACAUGCGCGAUUUACCAGAACGCUGGCUAGAUUUCGACGCCAAACUCGGUGGUUUGGAGCAGUGGACGAACGAACUGGAGGGACUGGCCAAUCAGCUGUGCUCGGAGGGGUUCCCGGGUAGCGAGGAGCUGAUGGAUCCUGAAGUUGCCGCUGAAAUCGCUCGUCGUUAUCGUGCAAUGCUAGAGAAGUUUGAGCAGAUGGCUGACUCAACCGGCCCCAACAUCUCCAUGGCCGAGCGGUUAAAUAAGAUGCUGCAGGAUCUGAUUGCUGAGGGUGGACUCUCACCAGCUGAAGUGGCGAAUCGUCGCACUUCCCUAGCGCGCGUCCUGAACAGCCUCCACGAUAUGGAGGCCGUCACCUCUAGUGUUCUUCAAACAGCCGAGAAAAUCGUUGGUUCGCUGGAUUUUCAAGCUGCAGUGGCAAAUGAACAAGACCGAGCUAAGCGCAUUCGAAACCACGUGGAAGAGGUCCUGAAUGAGACGUCACUGCAGUCCCUCGACUCGGAAGAGAUGCGUCGUCUGUUGGCAGAACGCGAGGCUCUGAUUGCGCGCGUUAAUGAGGAGAAGAAGGCGUCUCUGGCCUUGUUGAUGCAUCGUUCGACCCCGCAGCCUUCGCAAGAGCAUCGAAUGCGUCCUGCAGAGGAGAGGCUUCUGCAGGUAUGGGAGGAUGUCGAUCGGAUGAUGGAGGAGAAGGCAGCGAGUAUGCGGACGGCCGCUCAAGCCAGUGAGCAGUUCGAUGAGGUGCGGAAUAGACUGUCCAUUCUACUCGGAGGAGCCAACUUCCUGCUCAAGGGAAGUCCUAACCCCGGUCUUGCCACGGCGUUCUCCCGUGACGGCGUCUCCAGAGAGGCGCUAGAGGCCUUUGCCGUGGAUGCGGGCGACGAUGUCGAGCAUGGCGGCAGCGUGGAAGAUAUUGCAGCUCGUGGACCCUCUGCGCUUCAACAGCAGGUUUCUGCUAUACGAGCUCAUCUAGAGUCACUGGAGAAAGCCGAAGAGGACAUCAGGAAGCUUCGUGCUGCCGCCGACACCAUCUCUGAACAGCUUGGUCCUGAGAAGUCAGCCGAACUCGAGUCCAUCAUUGCAAAGUUGGAACGAGACCUGGCCUCCACGAAAUCAGCUCUGGCAGCCCGACUUGCAGCUCUGGAAUCGGCGAAUUCCCGUUGGACGGAGAUAUGUGAAAAUGCUCGACGUCUGGAGACCACCGUGAAUAUCCAUGAAUCUACUCUCGAGCAACUGAGAUUACACGUCGACGAAGUAGCCAUUGAAAACGACGAAGAGUCUGACAUACAUUCCAUCGGUGACGUAUACCACCAGUACCUAAAAAAGUGUGUCCAGGAAGUUAGCCAGCUUCAAUCAACUGUUGCUGACUUUCGUGUUGAGAUCAAAGACGUUGAUUCUCAACUUUUGGCCAUGCUGACCGUGAAAAAGAUGGACGAAGAUGGAAAUUUAGUGGAGACAACCGUGGAUAGUGUGGAUCCAGAAGUGGCGGAUAUUCAAAAGACCCUUGCAAGCAUUUUACUACGCCAGAAUGGACUUAGUGACGCGUGCACUUCCCUAGAAGUGCGUAUUACUUCAACGAUGUCUGCCAUUGACGAAUACUCCAAGUUGGUCGAUUCAAUGCAGGCUUAUCUAGCCAAAGUGGGGAAAAUUCGGGAAACGGAGGUCAUCUUCUCGGAUCUUCCUGAUGCCGUGAAAGUCAAGGAACAGUUAAAGUGUCUGCUGGAAGAACGACAGGCCGAAUUCGGCGACGUGGCAGUUCGAAUGCGGACAUUCAUCUCUCACUUGAACAAAGUGCCUCAACUUGCAGCCGCAGACAACGACCUGAGGCAACGCUGGGAGGAGGCCGCUAAUUGGUUGUCUACGCGCGCGUCUUUCAUCGACGCCCUCAUUACUGAUUGGCGCACGUGGUCCAACGAGGUGAAUCAGCUCUCAGACGAGCUCACUCAAUUGGCUGAAGAUGUUGAGCGCGCGUGCACAAAGGCCAUACCCACUGCCAGACGUGGCAACCUCGUAACGCGUCAACUCGAACAACUGAGGCUACUGAAGGCGCGGUGGAAGGGCUUGAAGCCGCAGACGGAGGUACUUCUAGCCCACCUCUCCAGCGGUGGUGGCGGCGGCGGCUCCAAGCUCACCAUGGCAACCUCGGAUCACGUGGUGCCGCGCAGGUACACAAUGGUGGGUGACCAGGUGCGCGGGCUGUACACGAUGCUCGAGGAUUUGAACGCCAAGUUGGAGGAUGAGUUGGACGCGCAAAACAAAUUCACCCGCGACGUCGAACGCCUCAUUCACAUGAUCUCCAUGGCUGAAAAACGUCUCUCGAAAGUUACGGGGAUUUGGAUCCCAUCGGCACCUACGCUCUUGCUUCAGCGGAUCGCUCAACCACAAGCCCAACACUCAAUCGACGAUUCUAAGCCGUUAAAAGAGAUGGAAGGUGGCACUGAAAAGGCCGUUGAUAGCUACCUCAAUUUGAACGAAGCUAUUGACGAAUUAAAGUCUCUCUUCGCAGAGAUAACAGGCCCAAUGCGCAUGGCCCUUGACUCCCUCGUGUCGCGCAUCGACCUCCUCGACAACUCGCAGGUCACUGCGCAAGACAGACUGCAGCCUGUCUCUCGCGAAAUGAACCUUCUUGCGUUGCGCGCCCUGAAACGCCAGUACAUCUGCGAAAUGAGCUUGGCGUACGGCCGAAGUCGCGAAAGCUGGUGUACCAAACUUCGUGGAAUGCGUUUGCGCCAGGAGCAACUCAUUAGCUCUGGUGAAACUGUUGAACUUCUCUCUUCUGUCCCUCCCACUGCCGACGACACUACAACGAAAGCUCUGAAGGCCAUUCCUGUUGAUGUGGACUAUCGGAACGACUGUGGUUCGUGGUUGAACGCACUCACAGCUGCGAAGGUCGAGAUCCUGGCCUACAAGUUCACCGCCGAAGUACCUCAAAUCCCCGAAGUGCUUCGCGAUGUUGAGGAGGAGGUGCAAUUUGAGGCGGACUUCACGCCGCAGGAAUUGGACACGGCCUCCAUCGCAGCUGGCAUCUUCUUUGUCACGGGUAGACGGGAUGAGGUGGUAUCGUCAGCCGCGUCGUCCCUAGAGCCCUUCAGCUUCUACGUGGACGUUGGCCGACUUAUUAGCGAUUGCGAUCGCUUGAAAGCAGGUCUGCUGACUCACUGGAAUUCCCUCGAGGUCUACUGUAACAGCUGGAAUCGCUUCGUAAGGGGUUGUGAAGAUUUCGAGAGAGAUACUACAGAGUUCUUGGAAAAGACUUUCUCCCUGGUGAAGAGUGCCGUUGAUCUCACAGACACGCGAUUAGAUCGACCAGGGAACCAUAAGAGGUUAGGCGAAAUCGCCAUCCAAUUCAAGGAUUGGCACGUGGCGUUUGCUUCACCAAUGGAAGUCAAAGAUGUGACAGACCUUCCACUCGUCUCCCGUCUCCGAGACUUGAAGAAAGAGGGUGACAAGUUGGUGGAAUUAGCGCCUGCUCGAACCUUGUCAAUAAGAACUUUGGCUGCUGGUAACCAAAAGGUUCUACUUGACGCCUCCGUUCGGCUCAGGGAACUAGCUUACCAGUUGGAGAGACUAGUCAGAGCUUUCGAUAACCGCGAGAUGUCAAUUAAGGAGGCCAGUGAUCUACUAAUAGACGUGGAACACCAGUCAGGGCUUCGGUCUGUUGGGAGUCUGGCUUCCAAGCUACUAGGACGAGACGUUUCGCCUGAACUGAUGGAUGCUAGUGGUCUUGAAAUGAGCAUGUCCUACCAGUCAGAUCUAGAUGCUCUGUUGAAGCGGGUCGCCUCUUCCAAGGAUCUUUCCCACCUGCUUGCCAAACUGUCGAAGGCGCGAGCCUUCAUGCGGGCUCACUUGCCGCCGAAGCUUGUGCAUCUCCAGCAAUCCAGCACUUCGGCUAUUUGUGCAUUUGAGGCGAUCAUGCACGAGGACGCGAAACCUCCUAUCGAACGCUUAGAAGACGACACCUUGAGGAAUCGCCUCACAGCAAGGUGUCAGCAUCUUUCCGACUUUAUGGAUGAGGCAAUCAAACAACUCGAGAGCAAGUACCAGACAAUGGUCCUGAUCGAAACAAAUAUCGACCGGGUCUGUACUUGGAUCAAUGAGUUCCUCCCACGGGCUCAGUCAGUGAGCCAUGUGCUGUCUGUUUCCGCAACCGAGUCCACGAUCACGGAGGCCCUUCAGUUCGCCGAAAAGGUAGAAGAUCCCACCGAUUUGUUGGAGCUCUUCGGCGUUGAACACAAGCACUACUCGGGACUAUUUGAGCUCAUGAAACUGGAAAUCCACACGGACGCCGAUCUCCUUAGUCCGGUGUUCGGUUCUCAGAUUAAAACAGUUGACACGCGACUCGAUAAUUUAGUGAGUGCCGUCAACCACAUGGAAGAGCUGUGGCAGUUGCAUCUCCACAAAGACGAAGUUUUGAGUCAGGAGUCGAUUCGAGAAUCGGAAAAUCUUGCAGUUCUCGUUGACCGACUGGAUAAAGCUACUUUACAGAGCGGGUUCACAUUGCUUCCGACGGCUUCUUCUAAGGAACGUGUGGAUGCGAUGGAACUUCUUUCACAGUCCCUCGAAAUAGUGCAGCAAGUGAGAAUAGAGUACGUUGCCAUGGUUUCUCGGAUCGAGGCGCUGUCUCAGCGUUGCCUCAAUCGUGACACACUUCGAAUGCAUCUAAGACGAAGGAGGCUUCUAGAGCAACAGGGGGAAGAAGAAGAAGAGAUGACGGCGACCGAGGAUAAACCGAGGGAUUCACUGGAGGGUCUUUCGAAGCACUGCGCCAACCUCACGUUUAGGCUAGCCUCGUUGGAUUCGAUGUUGAAGCGCAGCACUGAAAACAUCUACAAGCGCAUGACAAAGAUUCAAUCAGACGCCGCCAACUCCUGGUCCACUCAUCUAAACGCGUUGGCUGAGGACAUUGAGAGGUUGAGCAGUUUGGCGGAAUUGCCGCUUCUGCUUAAAGCCGAUCGUCGUGAAUUCGCGACGAGCUUCUUCACCUGCCGAAAACAAGACGUUCAGGAUUCACAGACCAAAGUGGACGUACUAGAGUCGGAGCUGUCUCAAAUCGCCGAUGUGCAUCGAAUUGCGGAGCGUUCUUCACGCUACGAGGAGGCACCAAAGCCCACCGGCAUCGGUGAUGAAGCCUUCACACAGAAGAAUAAAGCCAGAAUUGCUUCGUUGAGGCAGAAUCUCGCUCAAUAUGCCGUCCACAUUGGCGAACUGGAGUCACACGUCACCAAGACCUUUUCAACUACGUCUUGCGUCGAAAUCGCAUUGGGCAAGGUGGAACGCCACCUCGAAGCUGCCCUCACCACUCUGGAGGAGUCGUUGGAUCUGAGGAAUAGCGAGAGUUGCCUUGCUCAAUUAACGUGGGGGUUCCAAUUUGAAAGACAAGUCAAAAUGGGCAGCCCCAAGAAGCUUGAAUCUCCAGACACAAAACUUCCCACUACAAUUUCCGGGGCACAUGAAUCAUCCUGA